AUGGAGAAAGAGCUCAAAAACGGCACUUUCGAACCUUCUCUUAAACACAGUUGCGCGAAGAAAAGGGCAUCUCGAAUUUUCUUUUCAGUGAGGGAAAACGUGUUCGCUGCUCAGUAUAGAGAGAAGCUUGAGAUAACUGAUUUCACUUUCCAAGCUGAAACUGGUAGCCAGGAUCUCUGUUUUGAAAAGCCUAAAAAAUGUCCUGGUGAUGUCACCACUGCGUCACAUCGACGUCACAGUGACGUAUACCGUCAUAGUGACAUCACAGUUACAUCACCAGGACAUUUUCGACAUGACCCUGUCUCUAACAAACCCGUACGAGCCCCAAUAUUCCCUCCCUAUCAGCUACCCGGAAGAAAGGCAGAAAGAGCAGACGGACAUUUUGUUUUUUUUAGCUUCUUAGACCCUAGAUGGAUUCGCAACUCGGGACACUAUUCCCGAACUUUCUUUCCUAAUGUCCUUUUUGUAUAUUUCUAUUUUCCGCACGAUUACGCUUUUGAACCUCACACAAUGGAUGGAGUAAUCCUUCCCCCCCCCCUUCCCAGAAGAAUGAGGGAGAAAGAGAGACGGGAGACACUGCAAACAAUUACCGAACAAAUUCCCAGCAUCUAUCAAAUAUUUUUUUAG